CUUUGCUCCCCGAUACGUCACCGCUCCCCAUCCGAGGGUGUCACGCGCAGGAAGAAGAAUCAACCCGAUGUGGAUAGUGCGUCUUCGGAUUGCACAGACAUAACAAAAGAAAUAAAACUACUUCGUCAAGCCUUGUCUGGUCUGAACUCAAACCUAACCGAAGCCAUUCAAUCUAUUCAAGAAUGCUCGAAGAGACUAGAUGAUGUUACCACUAAAAUCGAACUAACAGAGAAACGACUGAGUGACUUAGAAAAUCGACAGACCAAAGAGAAUAUAGAACUGAAGUCACAGGUCGCCAUGCUCAUGGACAAAGUGAACACCCAAGAGCAACUACUGCUUAAAAAUGAGAUAGAAAUUGCUGGUGUGCCGGAAAGUAGAAAUGAAAGCUUAAGACAUAUUGUCAAACUAGUUGGUAAUAAAAUAGGCGUUGACGUGACUGAUGAAGAUCUCGACUUAACAAUGAGAGCUGGCCCUAGAAACUCAACAAAACCCAAUAUCUCACGAUCAAUUGUUGUGCGAUUCUUGCGUAAACAAAAAAAAGACGAUUUCUUAUCAGCUGCUAAAAUACGCAAGAAUAUUACUUCAAAGGAUAUUACACCAGAUGUAUCGGAGCACAAAAUUUAUAUUAAUGAAAGACUAACCAAACAGAAUCGCUACUUAUUUCGGGAGACUAGAUUUCGUACCAAACAAUCAAACUUCAAGUACUGCUGGGCGAAAAAUGGUCUUAUCUAUGUUCGUGAGAAAGAAGGAAAGGCUGCCACACUCAUCCGUACAAUUGCCGAUUUGGAUAAUAUGUUCGGCCCAGGAGACACAAACUCUGAAAGCAAAGAAAACUAA